CAACAGAGAAUGGAUAUAAUUAUACAAUUUUCCAAUAUUUCAACAUUCAUUCAUGUACAUCGAUUUUUAUUAUCACAUUUGUUUCAUAUCUGAAGAAUAUGUAUUUGUUGGCAUCAAAAUAUUCUCUGUUUCAAUCCUUGGUCAUUUUAGAUCGAGACUUCAAAAUCUUCUUGAUUAAAAUUCUUAAAUUUUUUUAAAUGAGAAUCAUUAAUUAGAGGACAAAAAGUUGUUUCAAUUAUUUGAACAUUCUGCUAUUCAUACAAUAACAUAUUUCAUUUUAAAUUAAAACGAGAAUAAAUACUAUUGUGUAUAAAUUUAAUAGAACGACACACGUGAUUUGUAGUCAACACUGUGACAGUUUGUGCAAUUACCUUUUAAUCGAGUGGAAACGAGAGCAUUUUCAAAUUUCUAUUAACCAACGGUAUUAUCAAUCAAUUUUAACAAUGAUUGAAGGUUGCAAAAUUAAAUAUAAAAUGAUUUAUUAAUAGCAUACGUAGUGUUAAAUUUGCAAACAAGCAGCGUAUCUUUUAAGAAUAAUAAAGACACCAGAAAAUAAAGAUAAUAUUCUAAUUACAUUGCAAAUUAAUGAAUAAUUUAAGAAAUGUAUUUUUGUUAUAUUAAUGUAUCACAGAUUCUAGGUAAAGUAUUAAUUUAAUUUACUUAUUACUUAGGAGAUUGUAUUUGAAAUAUAAUUACAAUUUGUAAGGUGUAAUCAGCACACCUUUAAGCUAGUAGAUAUUUGGUAGCAGUUCUCAAGUCUUUGUGCAAUAUAGCACAAUUGAGUUUAACCGAGUUUAAUCCCUUUGACCAGCCAGCUUCCAAUUUCAUUUAUGGCAUAAUCUCCUGACAAUUUCAUGCCCUUCAGAAGAAACACAAUGUCCUAUUAUCGUUUUGUGAUUGUUGAAUAUGAUCACUCUAGCGUUUUAAUCUCCUUUCUAUGUAUGAUGCGGGUAUACCGUUUUCUGUUGUUUUUAGAUUCAAGUGACGAAAACUUAUGAAAUGAUAUUUUAAGUUUAAACUGAUCAAUUAAUUUAAUUAAUUGAUUUAUUGUAGCAACAAUGGUAAAUUGUUUAAAUAGAGAAAGAAAUUUACAACGAAAAAUGUAUGAAUGUAAUAUUUGAAAUCUAAAAUGAUAAAUUAUUAUGCGAAAAUAAUAAAACUCGCAAUGUCAGCACAUGGUCUCAUUAGAACGUGUUUAACGAGCGUAGCGUAGGCGUGAAAAUGAAAACGUUGAGGCUCUCGUGGUGUAAAAAGGCUAAAUUCCUCAUAAAAAUACAAGAAAUGAGAGGGAACGUUCGCCCUUAAACACAUAAAACCAAAAAAAAAGAAAAAAAAUAGAAAAGGAAAAAAACCACAAAUUUUAGUGAAGCUAUUUUACUGAAACUUAUUAUAUCAUUUUAACAGCUAUAUAUAAAACGUUGAAUUAUUUCCUUUCGCGCAGAGCAAUUUUAUUUCAAAUUUCUAGCUUCAGAAUGAUAAUUACGUAUUUGUAAUUAUCAACAAGCUUUAAAAAUAUGGAAUAUUCAGCCAGAUGAAAUAUAGGUAAAGUAUUUAGAAGAAAACAGAUUGAAAUGUUUUAUGUAAAACGAUUAAAUUAAGUGGUUGAGUUUGAAAAUUUGACUCGGUUUAAUAAUUCAAUGGAAAAAAUAUUCGCCCUAUGAAAAAAAAUUCAUGUUCCUGUCGAUAUAUCGGCGAGGUGCUCCUCUACUUUCGACUGCUCUGCAAUUCAAAUGCAAUACUCGAAUAUACAUGGCGAAAGAAAUAGAAAUUGAGUAAUUUAAGGGAACCAAUUACUCUCGCGUCGACGUAACUUCAAAAUGUUUCACGUGUCGGUGUUUGCGAAAUGAAGUUCGUCGUUAUCCGAUUAACACGCUUGCAGAUGCGUUCUUUUUGUUGCAAAGUAAAUGAACAAAUUGUGAACAAAUAAUGUUUACAAUUACAUCAAAAUUAAUGUCCUAAACUUUACCAAGAAUUAUUAAAAAUCCCUGCGUAUUGCUUACGUAAUGUUGAUAUUGAGUAGUACCAUACAUAACCUCAACAUUAUGAUACUUACAAACAUCGCUAAACAAGUAGUGCGAACGAUGUCGACAUUUCGCUUGGCGUUGGUACAACUUGAAGUAAAUGAAGUAAAACGCAAAAAUGUAGAGCGGGCAGUUUCCUACAUUUCUAGCGCAAAAGAGCACAAUGCUGAUAUUAUAGCUCUUCCUGAAUGCUUUAAUUCACCAUAUGGAAUACAGUACUUUCCAAAAUACGCCGAGAGUAUUCCUGAUGGUGAAACGAGCGUUGCUUCAUCGAACGCAGCUAAAGAAAACAACAUCUAUGUAGUUGGUGGUACGAUGCCUGAAAUAGAGGGCGCUAAAUUGUACAAUACCUGUACUAUUUGGGGUCCCGAUGGAACUUUGAUAGCAAAACACCGAAAGGUACAUCUAUUCGACAUCGACAUUCCUAAUAAGAUUACUUUUCGAGAGAGUGAUUCACUCAGUCCUGGUAACUCCCUAACGACGUUCGAUGUGAAGGGCUGCAAAAUAGGUAUUGGCAUUUGCUAUGAUAUUAGAUUCGAGGAAAUGGCACGCAUUUAUCGGAACAAAGGUUGCCAAAUGCUGAUAUAUCCAGCGGCAUUCAAUAUGACCACUGGACCACUGCACUGGUCAUUACUUCAGCGUUUCAGAGCGAAUGAUAAUCAAUUAUACGUUGCCUGCAUAUCACCGGCUCGUGUUCCUUAAGCAAGUUACGUCGCAUGGGGAGAUACACAGUUGACCAAUCCCUGGGGAAAGAUUCUUUACGGUUUGGAAACUCAAGAGAAUAUGGCAGUCACCGAUAUCGGUAAUUUACAGCUUAAAAUUAAAAGCGAGAGAUCCAUGAUGUAAUUAAUUUUUAGUCUCGUUAAUUUAUCGAUUUAGCCAUCUUCCUCUGUAUUUGUUGAAUUUAUUAGUAAGCAUUACUUAUUACUUCGUAUGUUUCUUUUUUCUAUCAGAUCUAAAAGUUGUUGAGGAAGUAAGGGCUCAGAUACCUACAUUUUCUCAGAGACGUACAGAUUUGUACGACACUGUCUGUAAGAAGGAGUAACUCUACACUAAAACAGAAAAUGUUUUUUUAUAAUAUUUCUACUACGAUAUCCUUUUUUUGUGAAUUAUUACUAAUUUCUUAUCAUUUGUACUGAAUGAAUGACUCAAUUAAGAAAAAAAGAAAAACGUUAUAAAUAAUAAUCUGUAUAUCUUGUGUAUCAACAUGUAAUUGGAUAUUAUAAUAAUAUAGAAUAAUAAUAUAGGAGAAUAAUAAUAUAGAAAAAAAUACAUGCUUUUAAACACCUUUAA